GCCCCAUAUUUGAGCUUGAGAGACAGAAAGAUAUUGCAAUCUUAUCGUUAGAAUAAUGGAGGGUGAUGAGUAUAAGGGAAACAGCUAUGUGAUGGAAGGGGGUGAGAGCAAAGAAACAGAAUUGGUGGUGGCUAAAUCUUCAUCAGCUCCUUUGGGUGCUUUUGAUUUGCUUAUGAGGCUCUUGGCUUUGACACUCACACUUGCAGCUGCUAUAGUUAUUGGGUUGGAUAAGCAGACAAAGGUUGUUCCCAUCUCGCUUGUGGAUUCUUUGCCCCCUUUUAAUGUUCCUGUUUCUGCUAAGUGGCACUACAUGUCUGCCAUUGUAUACUUUAUGGUGGCCAAUGCAAUAGCAUGCACGUAUGCAGCCAUCUCUCUACUCCUUGCCCUCCUAAAUAGAGGUAAAAGCAAAGGUCUGGGAGCAUUGAUCACCGUCCUUGACGCAUUCAUGGUGGCUUUGCUCUUUUCCGGCAAUGGCGCCGCCGCUGCCGUCGGUGUUCUUGGCUUCCAAGGAAACUCUCACGUGCAAUGGAAUAAGGUGUGCAAUGUUUUUGGCAAGUUUUGUGAUCAGAUGGCUGCUUCCAUUGUUGUGUCACUGGUUGGUUCACUAGCAUUCCUCUUGCUGGUGGUGGUUCCUGUGUUGAGGCACCAUCGUAGAACUUAGUUAAUUCAUAAGCUUAAUUUUAUUUUUAGUUUUUUUAAUAUGUAUUCAAGGACAUGUAAUAAAAAUUUACAUAUAAUAUUAUAUAUUUUUUUAAUAAAGAUGUAUUAUUUAUUAAC